GGACAGGAUUACAACGCCGAAACUGAUUCCAAUUUGCAGAAUUUCGAAUACUGUGAGUCACAAAAAAAGACAGUUGAGUAGUCAAUUUGAAUAACCGCGACUCGAGUUCAUUGGAUAGUUGGAGCGUGUUUUUUACCUUGAACCUGACCGGCCUCGAUUCUUCUAAUUCUACGCCAGCUCACCGAUAUUCAUACACACAAUGUCCUCGUCAGACGAAGAGGUAGUACGUCGUCCGGGACGCUCAGGUCGGGGUCAGAGUCCAGCUGGGAGCGAACCCAGCAAUACCCCAGCCGCAGACAACAUGGACCUAGACCAACCGAAUGGUGACGACGAUGCAGAUCUCUUUGGCUCAGAUGGAGAUGAAGGGGGGCUGGAAGAACUGGCAGAGGAUGACCAACCCCAGCGAAGACUCGACGAUGAACAAUUGGAUUCCGGCGACGACGAGGGCCGUUAUGAUCGAACGGAAGAUCGCAUGGAUUACGAGGGUCCAGGGGAAGGGGAGUUUGGAGAAACCGUCAACAUUAUGGACCUGAGCUUAGGUCGAGCGCCAGAGCCAGCGACCACAAAUGGAGAGGUCUACACUAUGCCCGUUCCCAACUUCUUAUCUUUCGAAACAGAAGAGUUCAACCCCGAGACCUAUGUUGCGCCUCCAUACGCUACAGCAGCCACAUCACUUUGCUGGCGCCAUGAUCCGAACGAUGACUCCCUCCUCCAAUCUAACGCUCGCGUUAUCCGAUGGGAAGAUGGGUCAAUGACGCUUCAACUCGCUUCAGCCCCCAAGGAACAAUAUAGGAUAUCAGCCAAAGCACUUGCACCUCUUGACCGAUCUGGCAACUAUGACACGAAGUUGGAUUCUCACGUCUAUUUGGGUGCGGCCGCGGAAACCUCCUCUGUUUUCAGGUUGACUUCGCACUUGACACACGGUCUCACUGUUCUCCCGACAACAAUGGAAACGGAUGAUGCUGUCCAGCGACUUCAAGAAUCGCUGGCUGCAGCAACCCGCGGCGGCAAGAAGACCGCAGACGGAUCGGCACCGGUUAUCGAAGUCAAGGAAGACCCCGAACUGGCUAAGCGACAGGCUGAGUUGGCAGAACGUGAGAAACUGAAGGCAGCUCGCCGGCGUCAACAACUCGCAGAUCGCGAAAUGGAUCGCGGCCGCCGGGCUGGCGUGUCCCGCACCGGAGGUGCUGGCCUUACUGUGGGCGGAUUGGAAGAUGACGACGGCCUUCUCACCACACGACCACGCACGAAGGCAACUCGCAAGCCGAAUCGUCGCGGUGAGAUCCACACGGAUGAUGAGGACUAUGGUCGCCGGGGUCGGACCCGCGAGGAUGAAUAUGACGAAGACGAUGGGUUCCUUGUCGGUAGUGAUGAAGAGCCCGAAGUCGGCGACGAUGAUGAUGAGGAGGAAGAAGUGCUGGGCGAGGAAGAGGACGCCGAUGCUGAAGCAGAUGAAGACACUGCCACACCUCAAAGGCCAGCUGCUAAACCCAGACGUGCAUCACCGGAGGCACUAGCAGGCGAGGCGUCAUCUCGAAAGAAGAACCGUUACAUUGUGGAUGAUGAGGAGGAAGAAUGAUCUUCUGAGAUUUUUGCUACUUAUAUCUUUGCUUAAUGAGUAUUGCAUUUGAUACACAGAUGUAGAAAAUGUGUGAACAUAAUUUGGUGAAAAUGGAUUGAAAGAUGUCGUUUGGUAUAAUACCUGCUGUAUGCACUAGAUUCAAAUGCCACAAUAACGCCUCGUGCGCAA